UCCAUUUGUAUGUGGAAUCAGAAAGAAAUUGGAAUAUGGCUCUCCCUGGGUUCGGCGGAGAUGAGAUAAGAAUUUUCAAGAAACCACAUGUCAAUGAGCUACACAGGGAGAGGCUUGCUGCUGUAAAAAAGUCGAUGUCAGCUGCUGAAACAAUAUUCAGUAAGAACACAAGCGGAGCAUCUGGGAGUGCUAAAGGUCAUCUGUCAAAAGGACCUGCCAAUACGAUUAGUUCUCCUCCAAAUCCUAAAAUACGUGAAGCUGCAUGAGAAAUUACCGGAGCCAAAGUUUGUCGUCUGGUCAGUUGGGGCAGAGAUAUUUUGUGCUUGUAACCCUGUGGAUUUGAAAAACAGGAAUAGCAAAUGAACAUGUUAAGAGGAUUAAAAAAAUGCUCAGAGGAAGAAAUGUCACUUUGAAGGUAGUAGGGUUUCUUUUUUGUCUAUUAUGAAAAGAGCAUUUUGUAAAUUCGUGAAGUACUAUGUAGGUAGGCAUGAGUAAGGAAAUGUGGGAUUAGGUUUUUUAUGUCAAAUAUUGGUAAAUGGUCACCACAGCCACAUGAGAACCCAUACUCAUAUAUUUCUGAUGUGGUUUAUCCAAUAUUUGUCUAGUUUCA